GGUGCCUUUGUUUUCCUCCCAGCUUCAUUAUCCCGCACUGUCACUGCUCCUUACUCCUUGCUUGAUAUCUUCUUCUUCUCAAUUGAUCAAUUGCUUUCCCGAAGCGCGCUUAUUCCGAUUGUUCUAGCUGCCAAUUCCUCUUCCAGGUUCUCCCUAGCGCCCUUCAACCGCCCCAGAGGUAUUUACACCGUUCACAAUGGGGAAAUACAACAUUGUCGUCUUUGCCGGCGACUAUUGUGGUCCGGAGGUGACCGCGGAAGCUAUCAAGGUUCUCCGCGUCGUUGAGAAGAAGAGAGCCGACAUUGAGUUCAAUUUCCAGGACCAUUUACUUGGAGGGGCCGCCAUUGACGCAGCCGGGACAGCCCUCACCGACGAGGCCCUAAAUGCCGCCAAAGCUGCAGAUGCAGUUAUUCUAGGCGCAGUGGGAGGACCAAAAUGGGGCACCGGCGCCGUCCGCCCUGAACAAGGAAUCCUCCGCCUCCGCAAAGAAAUGGGCACCUUCGGCAACCUGCGACCCUGCAACUUUGCCGCCCCUUCCCUCGUCGAUAUCUCCCCCUUAAAAGCAGAAGUCUGCCGCAACGUCGACUUCAACAUCAUCCGUGAGCUGACGGGCGGUAUCUACUUUGGCGAACGCCGCGAGGACAACGGUGACGGCUACGCGCUUGAUACAGAACCGUAUUCGCGCACGGAAAUCGAGCGCAUCGUCCGUCUCGCGGGCCACUUGGCACUGCAGCACGACCCGCCGCUGCCCGUGUGGAGCUUGGAUAAAGCCAACGUGCUCGCGACGAGCAGACUGUGGCGCAAAGUCGUCACGGAGAUUAUGGACAAGGAGUUCCCGACGGUGAAGUACGGGCACCAUCUGAUCGACAGCGCGGCGAUGUUGAUGGUGAAAGACCCGCGAAAGCUGAACGGCAUCAUCGUCACGAGCAAUCUGUUCGGCGACAUCAUCUCCGACGAAGCGAGCGUCAUCCCCGGCUCGCUGGGCCUGUUGCCCAGCGCGAGUCUGAGCGGGAUCCCCGAUGGGAAGAGCAAGGUUAAUGGCAUCUAUGAACCCAUCCACGGCUCCGCGCCGGAUAUCGCUGGCAAGGGUAUCGUGAAUCCCGUCGCUGCCAUCCUCUCCAUGGCAAUGAUGUUGCAAUACUCUCUCAACCGGCCUGCGGAAGCCAAGGCUAUCGAGACCGCUGUGAGGAACGUCAUUGAGGCUGGUGUGCGGACGGGUGAUAUUGGAGGGAAAGCAACGACGCAGGAGGUCGGCGAUGCGGUUGCUGCGGAGUUGGAGAAGAUUUUGUAAGGGUAAUUUUUACUUUAGAGCAAACAAGUACUAGGGGAACAACGACUGGGAAAAUUGGUAUUUUGGUUUCGGGCACAGGUUUUUUUCUUUCCCUCAUGAACAGGGUCAUUUGGCGCAUGUGUAAAUACAAAAUAGAGCAUAAUGAAAAAGGGUAGCAUUCAAAGUAACCUAAUACAAGAUCGGAACUAUCAUGAACUAGAAGAAGUAAUAUUUAUCAUUAUUUUCUUGUGGAUGGGCCAUUUUUUCGUCCAAGUCUGCAAAUGAG